AUUAAUGGCUGCAGUCACUUUACGGAUCUCCUCUUAAUGUUUACAUUUGGAAAGCGGUGUGUUCCCUGCGCCUACCGGACUGUCACCCAUUUGGGAUCAAAGCUAACCCCACGAUGACUCCGAAUGCGGCUGGAUUAAUGUGAGGGGUUGUCCCACAGCCGGUAUCAAGCCGACAGGCAGCGAACUAGCUCGGAGUGCUAACUCUCCCAGCUCCAUCUUUCCCGUGUCGCUCGCUGCUGCAGAGAUGACAGUUUAGUCCUCUCGUUGUGUUUCACCUUUCCCCUCGCUCGGAUCUCAAGGACAACCUAAUGACUGAGGAGGCAUAGCGACUGGUGAGCCCUGCUGAAGGCCAGACCAAAUCCUGUAAUCACAGGGGGGGCACAAUGUUUAGUGCACCUCAAAGCUCCAAGUCCGAGUUCCUGGACAAAGCCAGGCAGGCCAGGGAGGAGAGGAAGGGACAGAAAGAGAAGGAGAGAGCUGCCACCCAAAUCCAAGCCCUGGUCAGGAAAUUUCUCUGUCGCUGCAGACUGCAGAAGCAAAUCAGGAAAGAGGUUGAUGACUAUUUUCAAGUUUCUGAAACUGGGACAUCGAAAAGAAAUGCACUUUCAAUCUUCAAAAUUGCUCGGAAAUUACUGUUUAUAUAUUCCCUGGAGGAUAAGAUGAGGUUCGAGAAGCUCUGUCGGGCCAUCCUGGCUAGCAUGGAGGCCGAAAAUGAACCUAAAGUCUGGUAUGUUUCCCUGGCUCUCUCCAAAGACCUCACUAUUCCCUGGCUCAAACAGAUCAAAGAUGUGCUGUGGACUUGUUGUCAGCUCCUGAAAAACUUAAAGCCUGACAUACUUCAAGACAACAAGUUGAUAACACUAUACCUCACCAUGCUGGUGACCUUCACAGACACUUCAACCUGGCGAAUAGUACGAGGAAAAGGUGAGGCUCUCAGACCUGCUUUGACGAGGAUUUGUGAAAACAUAAUGGGGCAUCUCAAUCAGAAGGGAUUCUAUUCAGUACUGCAGAUCUUGCUGACCAAUGGCCUGGCUCGUUCCAAACCCUCACUCUCUAAAGGCACCUUGACAGCCAUCAUCACAUUGUCAUUAAGGCCAGUCAUUGCAGCUCACUUCUCAGAGAACCUGCUAAGAUCAUUCCUCAUUCACAUCAUGUCAGUUCCUGCCAUUGUAUCCCACCUCAAUGUGCUUACUCCAGAGUGCAUGGCGUCCAUUCAGACACACGACCUGCUGCGGAAAUUCAUUCUGUUCCUAAGUCGGGAGGAGCAGUGUUCGGACAUCUGUGUGUGCCUGGAGGGCAGCCACACACUCUGCUUGCUCGGCAACCUGAUUUACUUGGGGUAUCUCAAUGAGAAAGUUUUGGAAGAAGAGGCCAACCACUUUGUGAAGGACCUGACUGACAUGCUGUCUUACUGCCAGAGAUAUGUUUCACAAAAGAAGUCGAACCUAACCCACUGGCACCCUGUCCUGGGCUGGUUCUCCCAAACUGUAGACUACGGUCUUAAUGAGUCAAUGCCACUGGUCACCAAGCAGCUUCAGCACCUUUGGGGUGUGUCUGUCAUUCGGACGCUCUUCAACGACGUCCUCUCCAAGAAGCUGGAGAGUCAGGAGCCCACUCCCCCACCCCCACAGCCGAGCACAUCUCAGAACAAUCUCCCAGUUAAAAACCUUUUCAAGCGAGCCUUUCAGAAGUCGGCUUCUGUGCGGAACAUCCUGAAGCCUGUCGGAGGAAAGCGAGUCGACUCCGCAGAGGUCCAGAAGGUUUGCAGCAUCUGUGUGCUUUACCAGACCGCUCUGUCUACACUGACGCAGAUCCGCCUGCAGAUACUGACCGGUCUGACUCAUCUUGAUGACCUUUUGCCAAAACUUUGGGCCUUCAUUUGUGAGCUGGGGCCUCAGGGAGGCCUCAAGCUCUUCAUGGAGUGUCUGAACAACGACACUGAAGAAUCCAAGCAGCUCCUGGCGAUGCUCAUGCUCUUUUGUGACUGCUCUCGGCACCUCAUCACAAUCUUGGAUGACAUUGAAGUCUACGAAGAACAAACGUCCUUUAAGAUCGAGGAACUGAUCACCAUCUCCUCAUUUUUGAACACAUUUGUGUACAAGAUGAUCUGGGACGGCAUAUUAGAAAAUGCUAAGGGGGAGAAGCUGGAGUUAUUCCACAGUGUUCACGGCUGGCUGAUGGUGCUCUAUGAGCGCGACUGCAGGCGCAGGUUCACUCCUGAUGAACACUGGCUGCGCAAAGACCUGAAGCCCAGCUUGUUGUUCCAAGAGCUCGAGAAAGGCAAGAGAAGAGCCCAGCUUCUACUGCAGUACAUCCCGCACGUCAUUCCUCAUAAAAACCGGGUGCUGCUGUUCAGGAACAUCGUCACAAAGGAGAAGGAAAAUUUAGGCCUGGUAGAGACGAGUUCUGCUUCUCCUCAUGUCACUCAUAUCACCAUUCGUCGCUCCCGGAUGUUAGAGGACGGAUACGACCAGCUCCGACGGCUGCCUGUGAACUCCAUCAAAGGCGUCAUUCGCGUUAAGUUUGUCAACGACCUCGGAGUGGACGAGGCCGGGAUCGAUCAAGACGGUGUCUUCAAAGAGUUUCUGGAGGAGAUCAUCAAGAAGGUUUUCAAUCCUGCUCUCAACCUGUUCAAGACGACAAGUGGAAAUGAGAGGCUGUAUCCUUCACCCACUUCAUACAUCCAUGAGAACCACUUGCAGCUAUUUGAGUUUGUAGGAAAGAUGCUUGGGAAAGCUAUAUAUGAGGGCAUUGUGGUGGAUGUCCCCUUUGCCUCCUUCUUCCUCAGUCAGGUCUUGGGACACCAUCACAGCACUUUCUACAGCUCCAUCGACGAGCUCCCCUCACUGGACUCCGAGUUUUACAAGAACCUCACCUCCAUUAAGCGUUACGACGGAGACGUAGGAGAUCUGGGACUGACGUUAUCCUACGAUGAAGAUGUGAUGGGGCAGCUCGUGUGUCAUGAGUUGAUACCUGGAGGGAAAACCAUGCCAGUCACCAACGAGAACAAGAUCAGCUACAUCCACCUCAUGGCUCACUUUCGGAUGCACACACAGAUUAAGGAGCAAACUGCCGCUUUCAUUCGGGGCUUCCGCAGCAUCAUUAACCCAGAGUGGUUGCACAUGUUUUCCACACCUGAGGUUCAACGUCUUGUCUCAGGAGAUAAUGCUGAGAUUGAUCUAGAUGACCUGAAGAAACACACGGUCUACUAUGGAGGAUUUCACAGCAGUCAUCGUGUGAUCAUCUGGCUGUGGGACAUCCUGUCCAGUGACUUCAACUCUGAAGAGAGAGCGAUGUUCCUUAAAUUCGUUACCAGCUGUUCGAGACCGCCUCUGUUAGGUUUUGCCUACCUCAAACCACCUUUCUCCAUUCGAUGCGUGGAAGUGUCCGACGAUCAGGACACUGGAGACACCCUCGGCAGCGUCCUUAGGGGCUUUUUCACAAUCCGGAAAAAGGAGCCCGGUGGUCGACUACCUACUUCAUCUACAUGCUUCAACCUGCUCAAGCUGCCUAACUACAGCAAGAAGAGCAUCCUGCGCGACAAGCUGCGCUACGCUAUUAGCAUGAAUACGGGCUUUGAGCUGUCCUAGCUCAGUCGCAUCUGGACAAUCUGCACAACCUGCACCGGAGGGUUAUUUCAAACAGCCGGAAUCAAGCAAGAGGCUCGGCUUGCCUGGACCGAAGCCCUCUGGCAUCAAGAGGGGAUCACUUCAACAAAAGCAGACCCAUGAAGGAAUCUACAAGGUUUUCUUUUUUCUUUUUUUUUUUUUUUUUGUCUGUUUUACAGCUCUGAGGAGGUGAGCUCCACUUAAAGCUCCCUCUCCCCAUCGAAGGGGGGGCUGCUGUCUGUGCAGCGCAAUUCAGUUUCGAACAGCUCCCUCAGCCGCUCCAAAAACUGAAUAUAUCUUGUAUUUAACUUAAUAAAAUACAGAUAUACUGUGGCUGGAUCUCAGGCUUAACAGAAUCACUCUUGGAACUAACACUCCCAUUUUCAGCGAAGUGGAAAGCAAUACAGAUGCAAUGCAAGCCAUUAGACACGUGGUCGACUCGCCCCAAUAAAACCAAGUGAUGCAUCGAUAAUGUACUUACACCUUGGAUUCCAUUAUCCAGGCAACUUCAAGCUGGUAUUGGAUGAGUCUUAAAAUGUUUCUGCUGAACAAAACGCAUCUUUUAUAGGUGGAAGACAAAUCAGUGUCUUGUGUUCAUUGUCCACUAAGGAGUUGUGGCUCAUAACAACGGUCCUGUGUUGAUUCCCCAAUGUCCCGUUUUGAGGAAAAGAUCUUUGACCUCUGUGUGUUUCUCCCCACUAAAAGACUCUGCAGUUACUUUGAGAGAUGGUAACCCGGCGAUUGACUUUUAUUUUUUUAUUUUUUCAAUGCAUUUGAAAUUCAUCAGCCUCGGUUCAGGUGAAACAAACAAACAAACAAAAAAAAAAACUGUCCAGAAUAUGUGAUAUGUUGUUGAGUAACUUGUCCAUGUCCAUGCUGUAGCGUUUGUUACUUUUGAAGAAAGGAACAGAAAAUGUUUUGUCACCGUUUGUGGGCGGAAAAGACCGUUUCCCGUCACUUGAGAGAAAAUUUAAUCAAAUCAUCAAAGUCUUGUGAUCAAUAUGAGAAAAACCUUCUCACUACGGUUUGAAUAAUGCAGAGUGCCUCGUCGAUUGCCGCCACUUCAAGCUAUCCUGUCUAUAAAUGUCAUUUGUGAACAAUAACCACAUCUAUCGGAAACAAGCCAUAGAAAUAGGGGCUAUGGUCCUGGACGUUAUUCUCUGUUCCUGACAGAGCAGCAGCCCGGCCACUGAACUACCACAGCAACAAACGAGGAGGGUCUUUACUACAACGCCCUUUCAGUUCUAAGGACUUCUGAAGCCAUGUAGGGGGGGAAAAAAAAAAGAAAAUUAGGUUUUAAACCCUUUCAACAUGAUGUCAUGGACUGGUUGGUCGACUUGAUGUUCCCUUGAAAAUAUUGCACAUGUUUUUUUUGUUUAUUGUGGCUGUUGGGGCGAAGGGGAGGGGGGCAUGAGGGUGAAUGUUACCCAAUCAGCCUAAAUAAUACUUAAUACAGGGUUAAUUUACAUCUGAAAGGUAAUGAAGGUGUACCUUUCAAAGUAAGAGUUUAAAUAUCUAAUCUUUACCAAAUUAAUCCUUAUGCAAAAACAAAAAAAAGGGUUUCUGUCAUUAAUGAAUAUGGAUACUUUUCUUAAUAAGUAA